AUGUAUUAUAACAUCACAACGGACUUAAAAGAAAUAUUCCAAACCACAAAAGAUAACAGUGAACAGAAGGACAUGCCCCAUGUGGACUGUGAGGAAGAAAAAGCAAAGGAAGUCCAUGUCUCUGCAGCUCCAGUGACGGGGGCCGAGCAGCCCAGCGGGUUCACAUUUUCCUUUUUUGAUUCAGACACAAAAGAUGUAAAAGAAGAGACGUAUGCAGCUGAGAUAGUGAAACCUGGUAAGACUGCCUGGCAUGUAGCCCCUUGUUUCCAAGACAGCAGUUCCGAAGAAGAAGAUGUUACUGAAGAAACAGAUGACAGGAAGUCCAGCCCAGGAGAAGUAUCAUUACCUGCGAAAGAGACGACUAGAUUUUUUUUUUUCUCUAAUAAUGAUGAAAGACUUCUCGGUUCUGACUUAUUCUGGAGAGGAAUGGGAAGUAAUAUUAGUAGGAAUUCUUGGGAGACCAGAACAAACAAUCUGCGUAUGGAUUGCCGGAAGAAACAUAAAGAUGCCAAAAGGAGAGUGAAGCCAAAAUAA